AUGGCCAGAAAGAACCAGACAAGCAUCUCUGAAAUGGUCCUUUUGGGUAUCUCUGCCCUAGCAGAACACCAGAGUCUCCUCUUCUUUCUUUUUCUCUUCAUCUACCUGUUAACCCUACUAGGGAACCUUUUGAUAAUCCUGCUGAUCCGCUUUGAUGACCACCUCCGUCACACCCCAAUGUACUUCUUCCUCAGCUACCUCUCGCUGGCAGAUGCCAUGUUUGCUUCCACCACUGUUCCUAAGAUAUUGAUGAGUUUGAUGUCCGAAACCAAGACCAUCUCCUUCAAUGGCUGCUUGAUCCAGAUGUAUUUCUUCUUGACAUUUGGCAACACUGAUAAUUUCCUCUUGGCCUGCAUGGCUUAUGACCGCUAUGUGGCCAUCUGCCGCCCUUUACAUUACACCACCAUGAUGAGCCACAAGUGCUGCCUCGUUUUGGCAUCUGGGUCCUGGAUCGUUUCCGCUCUCCACUCCUUGCUCUACACGCUUCUGGUAUCCCGCCUGUCUUUCUGUGCCUCUAGGGAGAUCCCCUACCUCUUCUGUGAUGUCUAUCCUCUUUUGGAACUCUCCUGCUCUGACACAGGGCUCAUAAAAAUUCUGGUGCAGACAGAGGGAGUUGUGGAUAUCCUAGGGCCUUUUGUUCUCAUCUUCAUCUCCUACAUCCACAUCUUCUGUGCUAUCAUGAGAGUCCCACCUACUGCUAGGAAGCGCAAAGCCUUCUCCACCUGUGGCUCCCACUUGGCUGCAGUGGUCUUGUUCUACGGCACCAUCAGCUCCCUCUACUUCCAGCCUGCCUCUGCUUACGCAGCCCAGAAAGGCACCGUCAUCUCUCUCUUGUACGCAGUGGUCACACCCAUGCUGAACCCCUUCAUCUACAGCCUGAGGAACCAGGACAUAAAGGCAGCUGCACGGAGGCUUCUCGAAUAA